AUGGCACAAUCUAAUGGAAUACAAGAUAAUCUCACUUCACAAGCUUUAAUUGGCCUUGAGCAUGAGUAUGGUGCACAUAAUUACCACCCACUUCCAGUAGUAUUUGCAAAAGGUCAAGGCGCACAUGUAUGGGAUCCAGAGGGCAACAAAUACAUGGAUUUUUUGUCCGCAUAUUCUGCGGUGAAUCAAGGUCACUGUCAUCCGAAAAUUGUAAAAGCGCUGUGUGAUCAGGCGCAAACGCUGACGUUGAGCUCACGCGCGUUUUAUAAUGAUGUGUUCGGAAAGUAUGCCAAAUAUGUUACCGAGAACGAUGGUCGCUUAUCAUCACCAAAUCUACAGAAUGAUUUACGAAGAUUCUUGGGGUAUUUUCCCAAAUAUUUUGGCUACGAAAUGGUUCUACCAAUGAAUACUGGCGUAGAAGCCGUCGAAACCGGAAUAAAACUCGCACGAAAAUGGGGGUACGAGAAAAAAGGCAUUGAGGCAAACAAGGCAAUUGUCCUUGCGGCGACCAACAAUUUCCAUGGUCGUACCAUUGGUGUUAUCUCGAUGUCGUCCGAUCCUUCCGCGAGGGAUGGUUUCGGUCCGUAUCUGCCGAACGUGGGUCCGGUUUGUCCAAAGACUGGUGAUGUUGUAAGGCAUAAUAAUUUGAAGGAUUUGGAAAAUGCGUUGAAUGCUCAUGGACCAAAUGUUGCUGCUUUCUUGGUUGAACCGAUUCAAGGAGAGGCUGGCAUUUACGUGCCAGAAGACGGCUACUUGAAAGCCUGCUACGAUCUAUGCAAAAAACACAAUGUACUCUUUAUCGCUGAUGAAAUCCAAACCGGUCUUGCACGUACCGGAAAAAUGAUCUGCUGUGAACACGAAAACGUCCGUCCUGACAUUCUUUUACUCGGAAAGGCACUCUCCGGUGGGGUCUAUCCAGUCUCGGCCGUACUAGCCGACAAAGAAAUAAUGCUUUGCAUAAAACCUGGCGAGCACGGCUCCACAUACGGCGGAAACCCACUUGGCAGCGCAGUCGCUAUCGCUGCGCUUGAAGUGAUCAAGGAAGAAAACCUAGUAGAAAAAGCAGCAAUAUUAGGAGAAAAGUUUCGUGCAGCAUUACGAAAAAUUGACUCGCCGUUUAUACAAACAGUACGUGGUCGGGGUCUCUUGAAUGCCAUUGUAAUCGACGAGACAAAAUCGAACAAAACCGCAUGGCAACUUUGUUUAUUGUUAAAAUCGAGAGGGUUAUUAGCGAAGCCGACACAUGUUAAUAUCAUAAGGUUGGCGCCUCCGCUUUGUAUCACUGAACAGGAGUUGAUGGAGGGUGUGGAAAUUAUUGCCAAGGCGUUGAAGGAUAUCAAUGAUAUGAAAGCUGAAGAGAUUCCGGGUUAUUUGGAAGAUUUAAAACAGUAUCAUUGA